CGACUGUACCUCACGUAGAGGUCCCUAUAUAUCAACAAUUGAAUUCGAUAUCGCAACACAUUUAUUAUGCAUACUCCGUCUGAAACACGUUUAAAUCUAUAUUAGCAUAAUUUAUUAAAAACUUUGUCAGUUAACUGUCAAACGGGGACCAUGAUAGUGUACUUUCUGUUGCUCGUAAUAGUGGUGCUAUUCCUAGGUUACCGGGAGAAGAGGAACAAUGAGUACUGUCGCUCGAACAGGAGGCUGGAGGGGAGGACUACGCUGGUGACCGGAGGAACUUCCGGCAUGGGCUUGGAGAUAGCGACGGAUUUAGCUGAUAGAGGAGCUCGAGUCAUAGUCGCCUGUCCUUUCGUAGAAGAGGGGGAAAGAGCUCUGAAGAUCAUCGUUAAGAAAAGUGACAACGAAAACGUCGUCUUUAAGUUCCUAGAUUUACAAUCGAUGGAAUCAGUGCGAAUAUUCGCGAAAGACAUUCUGGAGAGCGAGGAGAGGCUGGACAUUCUGAUGAACAACGCCGGCACGGGGUUCGGGGAUCAGCUGCUGACGAAGGACGGGUACAAUUUCACGAUGGCUGUGAACUACUACGGCGCGUUCCUCCUGACGAUGCUCCUGCUACCUCUAUUAAGAAAAAGUGGUACUCCAGAGGAGCCCGCUAAGAUUCUUAACACCGCAUCGAUAUUACACUACGUCGGUAUCCUAGACUUUGAUAAUAUGAACAAAUUGAACUACUGGUCAGCUCUCAGACUAUACUGCAACAGUAAGCUCUGUCUGUCGAUGUUUACAGUGGAACUGGCAAAGAGAUUGAAGGGACAGAACGUGAUCGUCAACACAGUAGACCCGGGUGUAGUUGGAACUCCUAUAUUCAAUACGUAUUGUGGUAAGUUGGGUAUAGUUGCCACGUUGGUGGCUAAUUACCUCGCCAAGACAUCCUGGCAGGGCGCCCAAACUGCGCUUCAUGCUGCAUUAGAUAAGGAGGCGAGCAAGACCACUGGAGAGUAUUUUAAAAAUUGUUCAGUUAGAAGAGCAAAGGAAAUCGCUUAUGAUGAUGAUGUACGAGUCAAACUUUGGAAGGACACGGUGCGACUGGUGAAUUUGGAGGAGUCUGAUGUGCAGAGGUUACUACAUGGUGCUAUGAAUUAAAUAUUAUUUUGAAUAAUAUU